AGUUGAUGACCACACUAUGCUAACUCAUGUCUCUCUCACAAUUAUUCUUAUGCAUGAUUGCAGACCCAUUAUAAGGUGCCUGAUGAUAUGGUUGAGCAAGGGAAGGCGGUACUGACUAGGGCUUGUCAGAGGUUGACAAGGCAACAGUGGUACAAUCAGAAGCAUACCUGCAUCGGGCACUUCAAGGCUGAGCAGGGCACGAGGGUCAAGAAAGCUGACAAUAUCAGGGACGAUCCUCAGCUGACAAAGGAAGAUUACUUGAAGGUUAUGCCCCUAUGGUGCGAGAAUAAGGAAGACGCAUUUGAGGCCUUGGUAGCGAGGUGGGUUGGCGAAGACGCCGACUUCAACGCCAAGAGCGCGCGCAACAAGGCAAACCGGGGCACUGGAGGAACACACAGUGCGGGAAGCCGCAAAGACCGAGCGCUACAGGAAGCACAAGGAGGCGGAACUCGGGGAGCCUCUCACCGAGGUGGGAGGGUGGCGAAGAUGAAGCUGAAGCAGCCUGAUCCGAGCCAGCCUCAGCCCUCGCUGCCCGAGUACUUCGGCUAUGCCGAAGAGGAGUUGGAGAAGUACUUGCUCGGUGUUCAAGGGUCUUCAUCCGGAGGUGGAUGA